GCGCGGCGCGCGCAGGUACUGGGCAAGAGAGGACGCUCGAGAAGCCUUCCAGGCGGGGUGUGCACCUGCUAGUGCUGGACAGAGGAUGCAAAAUGGCGCCCACUAGCUCCGUGGGCGUGGCCUUGAGCUGGAGUGGCCGAAUAGGAAUGUUCGGAGGCGGGACGCUUUCCCCGCCACGCCCUCCAAGAGCUUGGGGCGGGGCUUCCUGUAGUUAGCGCCCUUCCAUUGGUCGAAACGGACCGGGGUUGGGAGAAACCAAUCGCUGCCAGUCUUGCUAAAGCCGUCACCGUAGCAACGCGCGGAGCCGCCUGGGAGAGGCCUCUGGAGCAGAAGGCCGAGUGGCCCGAGGGCCCGCCGUCCAGGUGACGGGCUGUGGUUUUUCGGGAUCCGGGACUGGUUACUGCCAAUGCCGGCCAUCCGCCCGCCAGCACGUCCGUGCCCUGAGCAGACCGCCUGGCCUCCUGCCUGACCCGUCUUCUCACCGUUGCCGGGAGUCUGACCUCAGUCUGCUAACGAAGCUGUCCCUGCUCCUGCCCCACAGCUUCUAAGUGCCAGAUGAUGGAGGAGCGUGCUAACCUGAUGCACAUGAUGAAACUCAGUAUCAAGGUCUUGCUCCAGUCGGCUCUGAGCCUGGGCCGCAGCCUGGAUGCGGACCAUGCCCCGUUGCAGCAGUUCUUUGUAGUGAUGGAGCACUGCCUCAAACAUGGGCUGAAAGUUAAGAAGAGUUUUAUUGGCCAAAAUAAAUCUUUCUUUGGUCCUUUGGAGCUGGUGGAGAAACUUUGUCCAGAAGCAUCAGAUAUAGCGACUAGUGUCAGAAAUCUGCCAGAAUUAAAGACAGCUGUGGGAAGAGGCCGAGCUUGGCUGUAUCUUGCACUCAUGCAAAAGAAACUGGCAGAUUAUCUGAAAGUACUUAUAGACAAUAAACAUCUCUUAAGUGAGUUCUAUGAGCCUGAGGCUUUAAUGAUGGAGGAAGAAGGGAUGGUGAUUGUCGGUCUGCUGGUGGGACUCAAUGUUCUCGAUGCCAAUCUCUGCCUAAAAGGAGAAGACUUGGAUUCUCAGGUUGGAGUAAUAGAUUUUUCCCUAUACCUUAAGGAUGUGCAGGAUCUUGAUGGUGGCAAGGAGCAUGAAAGAAUUACUGAUGUCCUUGAUCAAAAAAAUUAUGUGGAAGAACUUAACCGGCACUUGAGCUGCACAGUUGGGGAUCUUCAAACCAAGAUAGAUGGCUUGGAAAAGACUAAUUCAAAGCUUCAAGAAGAGCUUUCAGCUGCAACAGACCGGAUUUGUUCACUUCAAGAAGAACAGCAGCAGUUAAGAGAACAAAAUGAAUUAAUUCGAGAAAGAAGUGAAAAGAGUGUAGAGAUAACAAAACAGGAUACCAAAGUUGAGCUGGAGACUUACAAGCAAACCCGGCAAGGUCUGGAUGAAAUGUAUAGCGAUGUGUGGAAGCAGCUGAAAGAGGAGAAGAAAGUCCGGUUGGAACUGGAAAAAGAACUGGAGUUACAAAUUGGAAUGAAAACUGAAAUGGAAAUUGCAAUGAAGUUACUGGAAAAGGACACCCACGAGAAGCAGGACACGCUAGUUGCCCUCCGCCAGCAGCUGGAAGAAGUGAAAGCGAUUAAUUUACAGAUGUUUCACAAAGCUCAGAAUGCAGAGAGCAGUCUGCAACAGAAGAAUGAAGCCAUCACUACCUUUGAAGGAAAAACCAACCAAGUGAUGUCCAGCAUGAAACAGAUGGAAGAGAGGUUGCAGCACUCAGAGCGGGCGAGGCAGGGGGCCGAGGAGCGGAGCCACAAGCUGCAGCAGGAGCUCGGCGGGAGGAUCGGCGCCCUGCAGCUGCAGCUGUCCCAGCUGCACGAGCAAUGCUCAAGCCUGGAGAAAGAAUUGAAAUCUGAAAAAGAGCAAAGACAAGCUCUUCAGCGCGAAUUACAGCAUGAGAAAGACACUUCCUCUCUACUCAGAACAGAGCUACAACAGGUGGAAGGACUGAAAAAGGAGUUGCGGGAGCUUCAGGACGAGAAGGCAGAGCUGCAGAAGAUCUGCGAGGAGCAGGAACAAGCCCUCCAGGAAAUGGGCCUGCACCUCAGCCAGUCCAAGCUGAAGAUGGAAGACAUCAAAGAAGUGAACCAGGCACUGAAGGGCCAUGCCUGGCUGAAAGAUGACGAAGCGACACACUGUAGGCAGUGUGAGAAGGAGUUCUCCAUUUCCCGGAGGAAGCACCACUGCCGGAACUGUGGCCACAUUUUCUGCAACACCUGCUCCAGCAACGAGCUGGCCCUGCCCUCCUACCCCAAGCCAGUGCGGGUGUGUGACAGUUGCCACACCCUGCUCCUGCAGCGCUGCUCCUCCACGGCCUCCUGAGCGUCCAUCCUUGGGAGCACAGCCUCAGAUAGUGCCAAACUCUGUGGGUCUCCAGGGGCUUGGGAAUUGUAUGCAUUCCCGAGAAUCAAAGGAAAGAAUCAAAUUCUUGCCUGGCCACUCCAGAAGACAGCAUGCAGGAACCAGCAGCUCUCACCGUUCUGUGAUUUAUACAGAAUUCCUCUGGAUGGAAACUUCCAUCUUACUUCGUUAUAUCAUGGCUCUGGUUCAGAUAUAACUUCAUGACUUUGCUACUAUCAUUUUUCACUUUUCAAAGAAUUUAACCUGUUUUGCAGUUCAGUUCUGCUAGUGAGUCAUCAAUUUUCCUCUCCCACCUCCCUUCUAAAAACCUGAUUUGUGCACGGCGUUUGACACAUGGGGGGUCUUGGCAGUGUGCCUUCUCUGCUUCAGUCGAGAUCUGCCAUUUCAUGCCCUUGUGAAUACCUAUCAUUGGCCCUGCAAUAAAAUCAUUUAUUUUUCA